AAAGAUUUCACGAGAAUUUAGUUCAUCGUCGAAAAGAGAAAUUAGUGUUCCAAAAGAAAGAUGCCAGUGAUGAUGAAGCGUACAUUUCCCCAACGUAAACUUUGUGCUUCCAAAGAUGCGUACGUACACAUGCAUCUGGGGAACCGGUCACGGGAAGUUGUAGCGAUUUCCCAUCGACGUAUGACUCGACCGGUUCUGUGGUGGGGAAUCCAGUAUCUGCGGAUUUAUAUACAAGAGGCACCAUCGCUUUGAAUAGAUUAGUUCCAACCGGUGUAAUCGAACGGUUAGUCUGCAGUUCUUAGGGAAACACCAUACGUGCAAAUUGUGUAUCUUAUUGGAAACCAGGAAAUUAAAACGAAAUCAUGAUAAAAUACGCAGCAAUUUUAUUCACCAUGUUUAUUUUGGUACAGUCACAGCGACCGUAUUAUGCUAAAAACAACAGAACUUAUCCUGGGGUACUUGUACAAUACCUGAAUAAUCAAGACUCAACACCUGUUUCUGGUACUGAAGCUCUUGGAAGUCGACUUGAUUCAAAUAGUAGCAGUUUACCAGGGUUAGAAUCUGCAGUGACCAGUACUCCGAUGACUACUACGUCAACAAUUCCACCAGAUUUGCCAGUAGAUGCUUUGGGAGAUGUUAACUUAAUAAAUCGAAUCAAAACCUGGCCAAGAGAAAAGCAGCCGUUCUGGUAUAUCAACUGGCAACAGAUUCAAGAACACCGUGGUAGCACGAGAAAUAGAUCAGAACCGAAUCCAACGGAAACCAGAUCGUUUUUCGCGGGUUAAAAAAAAAGUGUUUGGAAUGUUAUUGCUUUAUGUUUAAUCUGAGACGACACGCACUGCCGUCACUAUUUUACUAGUCAAAUUGAAUACUGUUUUUUUGUAAAACUUACUCAACCGAUGAUG